AUAUAUUAAUGUGUGUGUAUAACUGUGUAUAUAUGUGCGUGUGUACGAACCAGCGAGCGACUAAUGUGCACGUAAACUAACCAAACCAAACCAAACCCAAAGCAACCUUUGACUCUUCUUUUAAAUUUGAUUUGAUUUGAUCUGAUGAUUUGAUUUCCCAUUGCUAUUCUCAAAUCGAUCAGAGGCAACGCAUAAUCCGGAACUGGAGCUGCUUUUGCUGAGGCUUCUCCACCUCACCCACCAAACUACUUCUUGAUUUUGCUUCUUGUCUUUAUUACGAUUUUUAUUAUAUUACUUAAUAAUUCUUUCUUCUUCUUUUGAAGAGGUUGAUGCAAUUAUUGGAAGGUGUUUUGAGGAUUGAAGAUUUCAAACGGAGAAAAGUAUCAAGUUCUUUAAAAAGGUGAUGAUUCUGGAGGAGUAGAUUACUAUAUUUAUCCCGAUUAGGAGCAUCGGCAUUGACAUUUAAGAGGAAGAAAACAUGUCUCCUGGAGGUGGCUUCAGCCCAGAAAUGAUGGAGUCUCGUAUCACGUUCGUGGAGUUGGAUGCAGCAACUUCAAAUUUGGAGCUAAGAAGUUCUCCUUUCAAGAAAACUGCCUCUAAUCUGAGUGGAAAUCAUGGAAUAUCUUCAACUAAUGAUGUUCACGAGCUGCUCGAGUGUCCUGUUUGCAUGAACUUGAUGUACCCUCCGAUCCAUCAGUGUCCAAGUGGCCACACUCUAUGUUCAAGCUGCAAGGCUAGAGUACAUAAUUGCUGCCCGACAUGUCGCCAGGAGCUAGGAAAUAUAAGGUGCUUGGCACUGGAGAAAGUCGCGGAAUCACUCGAACUCCCAUGUAGAUACCAAAUUUUGGGUUGUCAUGAUAUAUUCCCAUACUACGGCAAGCUAAAGCAUGAGAAAAACUGUAAACACCGCCCAUUCAACUGUCCUUACGCAGGAGCUGAAUGUUCUGUAACCGGCGACAUCCCGUUCCUUGUGAUGCAUCUGAAAGACGGCCACAAGGUUGACAUGCAUGAUGGUUCUACUUUCAAUCACAGAUAUGUUAAGUCGAAUCCUCAAGAUAUUGAAAAUGCUACAUGGAUGUUGACUGUUUUCAACUGUUUUGGCAGGCAGUUCUGCUUGCACUUUGAAGCUUUCCAGCUUGGAAUGGCGCCUGUUUACAUGGCCUUCCUUCGAUUCAUGGGUGACGAGGAUGAUGCAAAGCAAUUCAGUUACAGUCUGGAAGUUGGUGGGAAUGGUAGAAAGCUCAUAUGGCAAGGAGUACCUCGAAGCAUCCGAGACAGCCACCGAAAAGUCCGCGACAGUCAAGACGGACUAAUCAUUCAGAGGAGCUUGGCACUUUUUUUCUCGGGUGGUAAUGGUAAUAAGCAGGAGCUGAAGCUGAAAGUGGCAGUACAUGUCCACGGGGUUGCAAAUUUCAAUAUUAGCAAAUCGAUAAGGGUAGUAUUGUCAAACAACAAUAAGGAAAAAAAAAGAAAAGAGAGAAAAACAUAAACCCUAGCUAAACCCCGUC